CAGACGUUUAUUUACAAUUUCACAUUGUUUGGUGGAAUAACAACGUAGACUUUGUUGAUAUUGUUGUUGAGUUAGUUCAGAUGUGCGGAAAAUGUUUACGAAAUUGUGUGGACAAAAGUGAAACUGAAGAAAAUAAUGAACAGCGAAACGUCGCUAGGUAUGUCUAGCUUCAGUACUGAAGUAGAUCAACAGGCUGUCACAAGAACGAAAAGGAAAUUACCUGAAGAAUUGUGUUCGACUGAUAAUCCGUGUGUGAAGAGGUCAAAUAAUGAAGAUUAUUUUGGCACAGAAAACUGCAGCCUUCCAACCGCAAUCGAAGCAGUGGCUCCAAAUGAACAAACUGUUCCUUUAAACACUACAGAUUUGCAGUGGAAAAUAGAGGAUAUUGAUAUGUACGAGUCUUGUACUCCAAGGAAUGAAAAUGGUGGAAUUGAAAUUACUCUUCAAAAUAUCGACACUAUUUUCAAGCAGAUUUCUGAUAGCGAUAUUUACAUAGUUUAUAAUUCAGACUUUUCUGAAUCUAUUUCACUAACAGAACAUUCAGUGACAGAAUUUAAACAUGAAGAUGAUACCGACUACUGUGAUAAUGAUCUUUCCUGGCUUAUAAAUUUUAAAACUGGUGCAUCGUCUAAAGCAGCUGAAAUCGAGCACGAUCACAGAAACAGAGGAGGAAAAUGGGCAGAAAGUGCAUACUCAGGUGUUUGUAAAUUCCCAUGCCCAGGCGUCGGUUUGGCACCUUCGUGCAUUGAAACGACAGAGACCUCAGUCUGGUGUGAUCGGGCGCUUCCUUCGUCAGUUGGAAACCACGAAAAUAGUUACCCUGGGGAUAAGAGACCACCGUUCACAUACGUUGAAAUGAUCACAAAAGCUCUUCAGGAGAAAGAAAAACUCACCGUUUCUCAAAUCUACCAAUGGAUUUCAGAACAUUUCCCGUACUACAAACCAAAUAAUGACAGAUGGAAGAAUUGUAUCCGACAUAAUUUAACAACCAACCCACAUUUCUCGAAAGGUGCAAGAGCACCACGUGGAGCUGGUCGCUUCUGGACACUUACGAGUAAACAUGAAAAUUUCCAGUCAACCCUGGAAACCGAACGUCACGAGUUCAUGUCCAACAUCAUGAAAGCAGAUAAAGCUGACAAAGUCACAGCUAAUAUAGAGCAAGAGGAAAAUCAAGAUCUUCAUAGGGAGGUCCUGCUCUCUGUUCCUGAAGAAGGCAUUGCGAGCUACACAUUCCAAGACUUGGGUUUUGAGGAGUGGGUCAGUCUCGUCCAGUCAACGGAAGAGAUUCUCAGUCGAACCGAGGAGAAUGCUGAGGUACAAGACAUCUCGCCUCAAGCAGAAACGACGUCUCCAAUUGAAAUAGAUUUCCUGAACCCAGUGCCAAAGGAUGUGGCUGUAGAAGAUCUCGGCUCCCUUGGGAACGUGGCCGGCUUGGAUGACAUGGACAACUCCCUGCUAAAUGACCUAAUCUCAUAUACACCUGAGGACACCAUGUGCGAAAGUAAACACAGUAUUCUUGAGUUUUUAAUGGCGAGCUAGACUUCCAGUCGGUCUCAAGUCAUGUAAUACGGAGAGAGGUAUCGGAGGAUGUUUAGACGUUGAGAGAAUGUUGCUACUGUCGGCAUGUGAGGUUCUCCCAACAGAGCGAAAAAUGUCUCUACAUGUCGCGUGUGGGAUGGAUGGAUAGGAUCUGCAGUGGGGAAAAAGAUACGACAAUGAGGAGAGCCAUCAGCGCGCAGGAAAGGCUGUUGGUCAUAUUACGUUUCUUGCCAACAGGCUCCAAAUGCUGUUCAGGAUUGGCAACACGUCUACGACGUGUUUGCAGAAAAGUGGCAUUUCCCUGGAUGUGCAGGUUCUGUGGAUGGCAAACACGUAACUAUUCAAGCUCCAUCAAACAGCGGCAGCUACUUCU